AAGUGUAUCUCAAUAUUUGCUUUUGUAUAAAAAUAAAUUAAUAAAUCAAAGUAAUUGUUUAUAUCUUAAUUUUAUAAUAACUUUAUUUAAAAUGUUAUAUUUAUUUUAUUAUUUUGAUUUCAAAUUCGUUAAAAAGGAGAAAACUCAGCUGUAGUUAAUAGUGGAUUCACCCUAAAGUGCUUCUGCCAGCGUGUUCGAUGACGCGAAUUUGAUAUAAUCUUGCUGACAUUUCUAUUAUUUGUUGGUUAUGUAUAUACUAGUUGUUUUUUUAUUAAUAUUUGUUACCAUUAAUUCAAAUUUGAUUUAUUAAUAAGAAAGAUAUUAAAUUACUAGUAGAAAUAAUGAUGGUUAAUCUUCUAAAUUAAUCUAAUUAUAAUAAUAAAAUAGUGAUUGAAUUUAUAUAAAUUUCUAUUACUUUAAUGUUGCAUACUUUAUCAACAACAUUUGUAUAAUAAAAAUCCAAGAAACAAUUAAGAUAGUUUUACAAUUGAAUACAUUUUUUACAAAGCUUCAAAAUAGCGAAUAAAAUGCGAAGAUCCCAUUCGGGAGGUUACAACUAUGAGCCUGUACCAACAACGUCUAGUCAAAAUGUUUUCGAAGAUGAAAAUGAAAAGAUGACAGAGGAAUUGAGUACUAAAAUUCAUGCACUCAAAUCCUUGUCCAUCGAUAUUGGAACAGAAGUUAAAUAUCAAGAUAAAGUUUUACGUGGAAUGGAUGACGAUUUUGAAAGAACCAGUGGAUCAUUGAGCGCAUCUGUUGGGCGUGUUUUACGAUUAGCCAAAGCUGGUCACAAUUAUUAUAUUCUAUAUUUAUUUCUUUUCUCUAUAGCAGUAUUUUUUGUAUUAUGGAUAGUCUUAAAAUUUAAAUGAUCAAGUUUCAAACAAAGUUUAUAUUAUUAAAAAUAAUACACUUAUUAUUAAAUUUUUGGUAAUUUGAUAGCGGUUUAGGAAAUUAAAAUAUAUAUCUAUUGAUAAUUAUUUUUAUCAGUUUAACUAGAUAUUUUUAAAGAAUAUUUUAUAUAUACAAAUUUUACAUAAUAUUGCGCAUAAAAUAAUAUCUACUAUGCAAAAA